CGGCCGGCGGCGGGGCACUUGCCAACCGGCGGGAAGCCGACUACCUCUUCAGCAGCGACGCCGCCCACCCGGACACCCGCAGAAUACACGAGAGCCUCGAUUACUUGGAGGGCAGAGCUACGGUCUUUCACUCCCGUUACCUCUCCGUGUGGGCGAGCACCGGUGCGGGAGCAAAGCUGUCGGUGGUUCUGGGCCACUUCGUCCUGCCACCCGCCUGCCUGCAAGAAGAAAUCAGAAGGAAAAUCGGUAGUUUUAUUUGGGAGCAGGCGGAUGAUUCCCUUGCAGAACAGCUCAAUGAAAAUCUGACGGACAAACUGGAGGCGGCGAGAAAAGGCUGUGAGGAGGAAGCAGAGGAGGAUGCUCUAGACCUGGCCGAAAGCGAAGAAGAAACAGGCUCUAGAGCUCCCGCCCAGGGGGAAUUUCCAUACCGUGCCCUCCAGGAAUACCCGAUGAAUAACAUGGUGACAGGCUAUGCCUCUGCUCGCAACAUGAAGAAAUAUGUCGGAGAGCUCCGCGAUUUCAUUCCCGGCACGUCAGGCUAUGCAGCGUAUUGGAUUCAGAAUGAAAUUAACAUUUACUCUGACGUGAAGACUAAAAUGAAGAGAAAAUUGUAA